UGCCUGGCAACGCGCGUGGCAGUGGGCGCUCCUGACCUUGCGUCCGCGACCGCGCACAGCGCGCGCGCUUAAAAUAGACCCGGGGAGAUUGACGUUAAUUGAAAAUAAGAAAAACGCAAGAAGAGCUGAGCGCCGUUCAUACGGCUCGACGGGGAAAAAGGGGGCAUGUUGGAUGGUGGGAACGAUGAGAUAUGAGAAUAUUAGUGCACGCUCGGAUGCGAUACCGGCUGAGCGAUUCGGCAGGUUUGUGCUGAAAGGAUUUGCGUGCUGCAAAAAUGAACAGCUUCACCUGCUGAAAUCAACACCCAAUAUGGAGCAUUUGGUGGCACACACCUGGCUGCGGAGAUUCCCACUGGAUCUUCCUGAGUGUGUGGCAUUCGUUUUUGAGUGCUAGAGUGUGAUCGUGUCAAAGCGGAGAGUGCCAUUAAGCUACAGACAGAUUUUUCAGUGUGAACGUGUGUGUGCUGUUAAGAGGGACCAUGUGGCACACACAGUCAGCAACUUACCUGCCGCUUCGCCACCUGCUCUGCCGACCUCUGAACUUUGCUCUGCGUUGGCUACUUGUGUGGUUGAUGUGGUCAGUCUCCAUGGCAACAGCACUGACCUACCAGCCCACAGUAAACACAGCACUUGGCAGACUAAGGGGGAUGCGGGUUGCUGUGGCAACGGAAGGUCUGGGCCCUGUGGAUCAGUAUCUGGGUGUGCCGUACGCUUCCCCACCUGUAGGAGAGAAGCGAUUCAUGCCGCCCGAUGCUCCAUCGGCCUGGUCCGGUGUACGAAACGCCACCCGCUUUCCUCCUGUCUGCCCACAGAACAUUCGCAAUGCAGUGCCCGACAUCAUGAUGCCCGUCUGGGCCACCUACAACCUUGACACGGUCGCUACGUACCUGCAGGAGCAGAGUGAGGACUGUCUGUACCUGAAUAUAUACGUACCCACAAAAAGUGGUACAAAGAGAACAGGCGACAUGUCAGCUGACACAGAGCGUUCAGAGGAUGAUGGUCUGAGAGAUUCUCGAGAUGACCCCCGGCCUGUGAUGUUGUUUAUACAUGGUGGCUCGUACAUGGAGGGCACGGGGAACAUUAUGGAUGGUAGUGUGCUGGCCAGCUACGGCAAUGUCAUCGUCAUAACCCUCAACUACAGGGUGGGAAUAUUAGGGUUUUUAAGCACGGGUGACCAGGCCGCUAAAGGGAAUUAUGGUCUCUUGGAUCAGAUUCAGGCUCUCCGCUGGAUCAAUAAGAAUAUUGGAUAUUUCGGGGGUGAUCCAGGCCGCGUGACCGUGUUUGGCUCAGGAAUCGGAGCAUCCUGUGUCAGUUUGCUCACUCUUUCGCACCAUUCUGAAGGUUUGUUCCACAGAGCAAUCAUUCAAAGUGGCUCAGCACUGUCCAGUUGGUCAGUGAACUAUCAGCCUGUGAAAUACACUCGUCUCCUCGCAGAGCGUGUCGGCUGCAAUGUCCUUGACACACAAGACCUGGUCCUCUGCAUGCAGAAGCGCAGCUACAAGGAACUGGUGGAGCAGGAAAUUCAGCCAGCGCGCUUCCACGUGGCGUUUGGCCCCGUCAUUGAUGGUGACCUGAUCCCGGAUGACCCUGAAGUGCUCAUGGAGCAGGGGGAGUUCCUUAACUAUGACAUCAUGUUGGGCGUUAACCAGGGCGAGGGCUUCCGCUUCGUAGAGGGUGUGGUGGAACCAGAAGAGGGCGGAGUUUCAGGCUCGGAUUUUGACUUUACAGUAUCUGAUUUUGUGGACGGUCUCUACGGUUAUCCAGAAGGGAAGGACACUCUCAGAGAGACCAUAAAGUUUAUGUACACCGACUGGGCCGAUCGAGACAAUCCCGAGACCCGCCGCAAAACCCUCGUGGCCAUGUUUACGGAUCACCAGUGGGUGGAGCCAGCUGUGGUGACGGCCGACCUGCAUGCACGUUACGGUUCCCCGACCUUCUUCUAUGCAUUCUACCAUCACUGCCAGAGCCCUAUGAAGCCUCCAUGGGCAGACUCGGCACACGGUGAUGAGCUCCCCUAUGUGUUCGGCAUUCCGCUUAUUGGUCCCACUGAACUCUUUCCCUGCAACUUCUCCCGAAAUGAUAUCAUGCUGAGUGCCGUCGUUAUGACCUACUGGACCAAUUUUGCAAAGACUGGGGAUCCGAACAAGCCAGUUCCUCAGGACACGAAGUUCAUCCACACGAAGGCAAACCGUUUUGAAGAAGUGACAUGGGCCAAGUACGGUCCUCACGACCAGCUGUAUCUGCAUAUUGGACUGAAGCCUCGUGUUCGGGAUCAUUAUCGAGCUACUAAAGUGGCCUUCUGGAAGCACCUGGUACCUCACCUGUACAACCUGCACGACAUGUUCCACUACACGUCCACCACCACCCGGGUUCCACCCCUUCUGACCACGCACAGCUCUCACAGUGCUACGCCACGGCCAGGCAGUAAGGCUCGUACCCCUGGUAAACAGCCCCCUCAGUCCACAGCACGCAGCGGACCGCUGGUCAUUGCCAAUCCGCGCGAUUACUCCACGGAGCUGAGUGUCACGAUCGCUGUGGGAGCGUCACUCCUCUUCCUCAACGUCCUGGCCUUUGCUGCGCUCUACUACCGCAAGGACAAACGCAGUCGGCAGGACACGCCCCCUCAGUCCGCACCUCAGCGCCAGACCCCGCCCAAUGACCUCAGCUACACACCCACCUCCAUCUCUGGGGGUAACCCGGAGGAGGGCUCACUGUGCGACCCCCUACGUUUGACCCCGGCGUCAUCUCCACGGGAUUACGCCCUCACACUCCGCCGCUCACCGGAUGACAUUCCACUCAUGACGCCCAGUUCUGUGGCCAUGACUCCGAAUAGCGGCACCAUGACACCCAACACAGUUAGCUUGACACCCAAUAGUGUUACCAUGACGCCCAACACCAUAACCAUGUCACCUAAUUCUUUGAUGGGCUAUCCCAGCAUGCACCCUUACAACACCUUCACACAUGGAUACAACUCCACCAGCCUGCCCCACCCACACUCAACAACACGCGUAUAACAUGCAACAGCAGAAAGUCCACACGGCAACACACAACACUCACAUGCCACAAAUCCAUACAACACAAUCACAGCGACUGAUUACUGUAAACCAGAUCAAUCCGGUGCAAACUGUUUAGCAGUAUUCAAAAGUACAAUAGCAGGUGAAACUAAUAAUAACAUGAGCACAAUCACCUCUGAUUUAGGGCACUAAUGAAACAGUAUGACCCAUCAGAAACAAUCAUAUAAACCAGAAGGAAACGGACCAUAUAAGGCAGAAGGAAGUGUCACUGCAGCACACUAGUACGGCUCAGUAUGAACGCACCGCUUCACUUCUGACCUAUGUCUAUACAGACAGUAUUCACGUUAUAUGAGCAGUUAAGAAACUUAUCUGUGGAAUAAGAACGAGCAGGUUACCCUUUGGGUGAGCUGUAGUACCGCUGCUGCCUCUAGGUGGUGCUGCAAGACUCUGAAAACCCUGCAAGUGUUUUGAUCCGUAAGAACAGUAGGGGGCGCUGGAGUCCCAUCAGUGGUUCACCAUUAUGAACCAAGCAAGCACUUAUUCUAAGAUAUGUAAUAAUAAUAACCUGUAAUAACAAACAUAUUAAUGGCUAUUGUACAGUAUAACAUAUAUUAACGUCAAUGUACAGACAGCUUUUUUGAAUGUGUCAGAAGAAAAAAAAUAUUUCUAAUCGUUUUUAAGAUCAGAUUAUAUCCAUAUAGCAAAGAUGGUCAUUUGAAGCCCAGAAUGAUUUUAAUUCCUUAACAGGUUUUUUUUUUCUUUAUUUAUAGUCGCAAAAAUGUUUACCAUUUUAUACAUCCUCUCUCUCUCUAUGAACGGGUGGAUUGUGAUGGCUAUUUUACUUUUGGUAUAAUCGAUUCAUUUGUAGAUUACACGAACAAAUCACGUCGAAUAUUUUAAGGAACACGGCGUGUGUGAAGAUUAUUCGUGAGUGAGAGAGAGCGAAUACAUGCGUAGUUAAUUUUCAAGUUAAGCAUCUUUAGAUAAUUUGUGUCUUGCUAAAUGUUAUCAUUUUGUGAAAAUGCUUUUCAAUCAUCUUAAAUCUGUAGUGUAUCUGAGUUUGUUCGAUAUGUUUUGUGAAAAUGUUCGAACUCAAUUUGAAAGCAUUGAGUUUUUUCAGUAUUUAUCAGUGAUAUGACAUCACUCAUACAGUAAUGACAUCACUCAUGCUGUGAUGUGACAGGCUUUUGCUGAGAACUUUCCCGUGAAACAUGAAUGUGGUGAUUUGCACUGAACACAUAUGGGCUUCUCUGAUGAAGGACGUUCUGAAAUAUCAUGUUUACUACGGAGCUGCACAGAGUUUGCACAGGGGUACAACAAUCGUGUAGUCAUGGUGUCAUAUCCUGCCAGAUGGUUAGAUUAUCUAUGUUACCCAUGCUAACCACCCCUGCCAUGAUUUUUGUGCCAAAUUUGCGAUAGUUUCCUUGGUAACCAGCAGAACGUUUGUCUGUUAAUGUGUUUGUGUGAAAGUUCAACAGCUUUAUAAAAGAAUUUGCAGUAUUUACCACAAUUUGAGUUCAUCUGGACUUUGAGAAGGAAAGACGAUGGCAUUUGGAUGCAUGUGUUGGAAACAGCAGUGUGUCUCUCCUGGAUGAGGGUGACCUGAUGUGCAGCUGCUCAGGUCUGUCGAUUCAACGGCUUGCAGAAGUCUGUUCUUUUAUACUCUGUACAUUUCUGCCUCAAAUUUGCAGUAAACAUUGAGUUUGCCUAAAA